GAUGUCAUCUAUACAAGGUGAGCAGCAUGUCGAGCGGCCAUUUUGUUAGCUAGCUUUGAGGUUACAGAGGUUAGCCUUGGCUCCGACGGUUCGGCGCUCACAUUCGAAUAAAGGCGAACGUGUGGAUGUUUUUGUUGGGAUCCAGUAUCCGGCCACACGCUCGUAAACAGGAGGAGGACGUGUGUAUUCUUCGAGACGGCGCUGAAUCCGAUGCUCAUUCAUUUUUACGCUAACUUGAGUUUGCUAGCUUGUUAGCUCGGCCGGCUAACGUGUUUGUGCGUAACGGUUGUGAGUGAAAGAAAACAUCCAUCUCUGGUGACCGCGGACUGUUACGUGUGGCUGUGGGUGUGUGUCGCAAACAGUUCGUCUGUCUGUGUGUGUGUGUGCUGUGGCUCCUCCGGUAUCUCAGCUCACACAUUAAGCAGGUUCACUCGAGCGAGCAUCGACGUUUUCAAAACGCGUGCAUCAUCCCGGUGUUAGCCGCGCUCCAUCAGCGGAUUCCUGCCGGACGCAGAGAUCAUGUCGGAGCUGUACAUCCGUGUGGCGGAGGAGGAGAACGAGGAGCCGAUGGAGAUCCCCUCGGAGGACGACGGGACCGUGUUGUUGUCGUCGGUGGCGGCUCAGUUUCCAGGGGCGUGCGGGCUGCGCUACAGGAACCCGGAGUCCCAGUGCAUGAGGGGGGUCCGGCUCGUGGAGGGGGUCCUGAAUGCACCUGAGAACGACUGGGGGAAUCUGGUCUACGUCGUCAAUUAUCCCAAAGAUAACAAAAGGAAGAUGGAUGAAAUAGAUGCUGCCUCAGCCGUGAAAGUCAAGAGGGGCUUUCAGAAGACAUCAGAUCUUAUUGUCCUCGGGCUACCGUGGAAAACAUCAGAACAAGACUUGAAAGAUUAUUUCACUACUUUCGGGGAGGUCAUCAUGGUGCAGGUGAAGAGAGAUGCAAAAACUGGCAACUCAAAAGGAUUUGGAUUUGUCCGAUUCACUGAAUACGAGACACAAACCAAAGUCAUUGCUCAGAGACAUAUGAUUGAUGGAAGGUGGUGUGAUUGCAAACUUCCUAACUCAAGGAAUUUUCCUUUUGACUGUCCCUCUCAGGCAUGUCCUGAUGAGCCGAUGAGAAGCCGUAAAAUCUUUGUUGGCCGCUGCACAGAGGACAUGUCCACUGAUGAGCUGAGGCAGUACUUCAUGCAGUACGGUGAAGUCACUGAUGUCUUCAUCCCCAAACCUUUCCGGGCUUUUGCAUUUGUCACAUUUGCUGACGACCAGGUCGCCCAAGCCCUGUGUGGCGAGGACUUGAUCAUCAAGGGCAUCAGCGUGCACAUCUCUAAUGCUGAGCCCAAACACAACAACAGUAGGCAAAUGAUGGAUCGUGGGCGGUUUGGGGCUGGUGGGUUCAGUCAGGGCUAUGGCAGUAAUCGUGGUGGGCUAGGCAGCGGUAGCAGUGGGGUUAACUUUGGGGCUCUCGGUCUUAACCCUGCAAUGGUGGCCGCUGCUCAGGCAGCGCUACAGAGCAGUUGGGGAAUGAUGGGCAUGCUGGCUAACCAGCAGGGUCUGACCACAGCGGCAGGCACACCCACUACAACCCGAGACCAGACCUAUAGCUCUGCCAGCACCAGUUACAGCAGCCCCAGCUCGGCUAGCCUCGGCUGGGCUGCAGGAACUAACCCUGCCUCCAACAGCGGCUUCAGCUCUGGCUUUGGCACGUCUAUGGACUCUAAGUCUUCUAGUUGGGGAAUGUAGAUAGCUUCUAGUUGGGUUUUUGUUGCUAUUAGACUAAUCUGGUAAGUAUACCCAUGGGGUGGGGGGGGGGGGGGCUGCUUCUAUCUUUUUUUCUAGUUAUUUAAAAUUACACUGCCUUUUUACUUUGGUAAAGAGAAGAUUUGCAUGUGACUUAUGUUGCCGUGAACUGAAUGGGAGAACAUUUUAGUUUGUUAGAUGAAACUGCCACACCACCUUUGUUGUUUUCGAGAAAAUGUUCCGCAGAGAUGAUGUGCAUGCAAGAUAAAUAUUUAAACAUGCACGAGUAUUUUAAGUGCUCCUCAGCCCCUUGUAAAAUGGGCUUGAUAUGAUUCUAUGUGUGUAAGCAGUUGAUUGCAUAUUUUUGUUUGUAUUUUGUUUGACGUCUUUUGGAAACGCCUUCAUGAAAAUCUCUUCUGCAGUUCACCAACUCUUUCCCAAUUUCCCGGGAGGAAACGCCUCAUUGGCAGCAAUGUUCGACAGAUCUCAGUAUCAGUUCCCCUCCUCCAAUGUGUAAAUGCUUUGUCAUCAGAGAACACAGCUUCACCCUGCAUAUACUGUAUUAGACGGUGGGUGUUCUUUUUCUCCUCUCCCCUUUUUAAUGGAUAUAGAAACAUUGUCUGCACUUGUCGCUUUUCAAGAUCAAUUUGUGGGAUUGGUGUUGAACCGAGUGAGAGAGCGAAAGGGCGAGCAAAAUGAAAGAAAGCUAGUGUGAGAAGGACUGUUUGUGGAUUAUUUAUUUUUUUCCUCUAAACAAAUGCCUGCGAGACAUGAGAAGAUCCUGUAGCUUUGUGCGAGUGUGAGAGGAGGAAGCAAGUACGAGUGUGUUCCUAAACUUCAUCACAAGGACAGUAUUGCAUCUUGAGAUUCCUAUGGUCUGCUGUUGUGUCAUCGUUUUCUAUCAACCAUGUUUCUCUAAAUCAGAUUGAAAUGUCAAGUGCAAUGAUUUUUGUAUCCUUUCUCAGCUUUCUCUUCCUGUCUGAUUUGAAGUGAAUGCUGUGUCUGGUUGUGUGUUUUAUUUUCUCCUUGUUAACCACCCUCUCUGUGUGAAAUGUGACUUUGUGCCCGUGUGGGUCUGUGUGGGGGGGUGAACUCUGAAAGUGUGUCGGUGUUUGAAAGUGUACUCGGAGGCUGAUGUGGUGAAUGUUUGACAAGUUCCCACUGAAAGUUUGUGUUUGAAGUGGUUACGAAUGCAUUUUUCUAUGUUUUGUGAUUCAAAGGGAAGUCUGAAAUAAAACUGAAUUUGAUUAGGUAUUA